AGCCCGGGUGCUGUUUUCCACUGCUACUGCAUUCCUUGGUCGCUUCGUCGCGACAUUUGUGAUGUCGCGAAGCAGAUGGAACUCAUCGCGGCCAGCGAGAAUUUUUUGAGUCUCUCCACGCAGCUCUGCUCAUCCAGCGCGAAUCUUGAGGCACCGCAGGCACCGCAGGCACCGCACGUCCUGCCUGUGGCUCCCGGCCUUACCAGUGCAGUCAAUGCGCCAUCGCCGGUUGAACCGCCCAAGGAGCGCGGCAAGUCAAGCUCGUUAACUCCAGAAUUGGCACUGGGCCAAUGCAUGGGGGCAAUGCUGCGACACAAACCUCUGCCCACCGGAGUCAACCUCACGGAAAUGCCCUUGCUGGCGUGCCACGUGAAGCAGCUGAUCCCUCGCCUGACACGGGGCGGCAAGCGAGCCAGCAUCAGCGCUAUCAGCGCGGCUCUGCGGCGGCUGGGCAUGAGAGCAGCUCUCAUCAAGGCCGUGAUCAACCUGGCCUACUUUUAUUCCAACUCCUUCUGCUUCUGGGUGCCUCUAGAAGGUGAGGUGGGUAUUUCCUUGCUGGACACUCCCUUGCCGCCCCUGGGCGACAAGGUGCAAGCCCAGCUGCUCUCUGUUCUGGCACAGCGGAUGAAAGCACGCCUUCGCGGGCCUGUUCCAAAGGAGCAGCCAAUCAGCGCCAAUUUCGGGGUGUGGACUGGUAAAGCUCCUCCGCUUUGCCAGUUUCGAGGAGCUGCCGACCAAUCGGGCAAAACCCUUGCGGAGCAAUCGGCCAAAACCCUUGCGGAGGAGCUCGAAAAAGAAGGCCUUACCACGCUGAUGAUCAAGAACCUCCCCACACACUUGGCCCAGCCGGCGGUCCUGGAGGAAGUGGACUCGGGUUUCGCUGGGCGCUACGAUUUCUUCUACCUGCCUGGCACCUUCACGUAUCACAAGUCCUUUGGCUACGCUUUUGUGAACCUGGUGGAUGUGCCCACGAUGAAGGAGUUCACCCUGCAAUGGCACAACUCCAUGAGACUCGGGUCUGAGCCGCUGAAGAUCUGCGGAGCGGACGUGCAAGGCCGGGAAGCCAAUGUUGAGAACUUCGGGCCGCGGAUGAAGCGCAUUCGCAACCCAUGCUUGCGACCGGUGAUUCGCAGUCCGGACACGGAAGUUCAGGCAUGAGCGCGAGAUGAGAGACCGGGGACCGGCAGGUCCACUCCUCCAUCCUAUUUGAGCCGUGGGCACCUGGAUGUGGCCCAGUUUUCUAGAGGUUCAUUCCCCA